CGCCGUCGAUCUUGGGUGACGGCAUAUAAAUUACGCGCACGUCCUGAGUCUUGUUUGCACCUCGCCCGGGCUCUUCCCGUCCUUGACCAUCCUUGACCAUCCUUGACCAUGGAUCCCGUUUGUCGAGUUGUCCUCUCCAAGACCACAUCAGCCGCUCCCGCCCCAGCUCCUUCGCCGCCCCCUUCUCCCUCUUCUCCUCCAUCUUUCGCUUCUCUGUCGCUUUCCUCCAACGAAACCUCCCCCGAGCCGAACACGGAGCAACCUAUGGACGCCUCGCAUGCCAUGGACCACCGUCAGAGCCCUUCGCAGACCAACGUCCGCGCCCGCGCCAGCUGGAUUUAUGCCAACUCGCAGAAGGAUACCCAGCAGGGCCAGCAGCUUUACCGAGCUGCGGCGCCUCGGGGUGCCACGUCUCCCAACUGGCGUGUCCCUCAGAUGCCUGUGGACGUGAGCGUUUGGGGGCACACGACCCAGGCCAACUACACGCUGGGCAGCUUCCCGCUUCCCAGAGGCGAGGCGGCUUCGGGCGGCCUGGAAGGCUACGCUUAUUGCCUCGACCGAGGUAAUGGACAGUACACCAGGCUCAUACCCGCCGAUGUGUUGCCUCCCCUCAACGAGAUUCCUGCGCGCCAGCCCGGACCCCCAGGUAUGGUGAUUCUGCCAGAGCUGCAUGUCGCUCCUCCUCAGGGAGUCGCGCCUCUAAACAAACCAGUCACGAUGAAGACUUGGCAGACCCAAAUGGGGCCAGUAUCUGAUGUCCUCCAGAACCAAAUCGAUCAAAUCGUCGCUACGUCCCCCGUCAUAACUAAGAGACCCAAGAUCUACUGCGACAAGUGGAUCCACGACGGCCAGUGCGCCUUCGCCCAGCAGGGCUGCAAGUUCAAGCAUGAAAUGCCCUUCGACAAAGCUACCCAGCAUUCCCUGGGUCUCUUCCAGGGGCUCCCAGGCUGGUGGAAGAGACUCCAGGUUGAGCUGAGGAGGCAGGAGGAGGAUCGCAGGAAGGAGCUUGAGGACUCGACCUCAGUCGCUCCUAUUUCACCUGCUACUCUGGCGGACCAGGUCGGUGUUGACAGGAAUGCAAUUGCCUUCAUGAACCAGCCGGGGUGGCAGAAUGACAGCAUUGGCAACAUGCAGCCUCGGGUGCCCCCAGAGCUAAACUUGAAGAACUUGAACAAGCGACACAAUGCUCCUCGUCCGUUGUCUACCGAAUCAGCUGUUGGAUCUGGCUGGAGCCCCGUCGACCACCAGCACAAGGCUGGUCAAUCAACUGCCCUGGUGGGUAAUUCCAGACGCAACACCUGGGCUCCUCGUGGAGGAAAUUACCCCGGUCGCUCUCCAACCAACAAGGCUACCUAGGGGAGGGGGGAUGUCUAAAGGGUCGAGAAUUGGGCAUCGAAUAUUACGGGACUGUUGUA